GGUCGCGCGCGCUGGCGGCGUGGUCUCCUAGGCAACGGCGCAGGCGGCGGUUGCUGGUUGGGCGGGGCUCCGGUGGGCUCCAGCAGCGCCCCCCCCGCGAGCGGGUGGCGAGGCCUCGGUGCAGGGCGAGGCGCGGUGGACCAGUGGGCUUAAGCAAGGAUAUGGGAUCUGCUUCUAAGACAUUGAUAGUGUCUCUCUCCUUUGUGCCUGGGGCUGUCGCCUUUCACUGCCAGCACCAUCAAGUUCCCCCAGCUAUUGAGGUAUACUGCUAGGACUGUUUCCAUGAAUUAGCCUCCUCCAGAAAGUUUCUUGGUAAUCUGCAUUCACCGACAGUGUCUGGAACUGAGUUGUGUAUAGUUCUGUUCUCUAUACAAGGUGGUCUCUGUGCAUUGAAUCAGAAUCAUGGGAUUGUUUGAUAAGCUAGCAGGAUGGCUUGGUCUGAAGAAGAAGGAGGUUCAUGUUUUGUGCCUUGGGUUGGACAAUAGUGGCAAAACAACUAUCAUUAAUAAACUUAAACCUUCAAAUGCUCAAACUCAAGACAUAGUUCCAACAAUAGGAUUCAGUAUAGAAAAAUUCAAGACAUCCAGUUUGUCUUUCACAGUGUUUGACAUGUCAGGUCAAGGCAGAUACAGAAACCUGUGGGAACAUUACUACAAAGAAGGCCAGGCCAUUAUUUUUGUCAUUGAUAGCAGUGAUAAAUUAAGAAUGGUUGUGGCCAAAGAAGAACUUGACACCCUCCUGACUCAUCCAGAUAUCAAACACCGUAGAAUACCUAUCUUGUUCUUUGCUAACAAGAUGGACCUCAGGGAUGCAGUAUCAUCUGUGAAAGUCUCUCAGUUACUGUCUUUAGAGAACAUCAAAGAUAAACCAUGGCAUAUCUGUGCUAGUGAUGCGCUUAAAGGAGAAGGGUUACAAGAAGGUGUAGAUUGGCUCCAAGAUCAGAUCCAAGCAAUGAAGACAUGAGAGGCCAGUAAGAUAAAAGACCUGUCAUACAUUAACUUUGGCAGUGGAUGUACAAGCCCCUGGAACAGGAAGGAAGACCUAAAACAAACAAACAAACAAAACCUAUAUACAGUGCAUUCUGUUGGUUCCUUUCAUUAUCUUUUACAAGGGCCCAAGAUGAGUAAGCUUUUUAGAAAAUGUAGUGCAUCAGAUAUGUACAUACAUGAAUUAAAUUAAAUCUUUGCUAAGUCUGGAGAAAAUACUAAAAUUAAAAUAAGCAUCUGCAGUCAUUUAAGUUUUAUUGUGAAAUACAAUUUAAGCUUAUAAUACAUCAUUUAAAUAUCCAGUUUUUCGAAGUUACUAAUGAUUUCUGUGUGCCUGCAUAAUUUUUUGCAUGUCCAAACUUAAGAUACCUUUUAAAGAAGACUUUUUCAGAAUGUGGAUGUGCAGCAGUUCUUGAAAAGUAGGUCCCCAUAAGGUGUCUCAAGAAGGGCACUCAAAAUCAGUAGUCACUUCUGAAAAUCUUGUCUCCUGGUUUUAGCUUUUCAGAGUAUUUUUGUAACAUUGCAGGUUAAAAUGUGAUAUGUGUUUGUUAUAAAUGAUUGCAGAUGUUUUUAAGGAAUUGCUCAUAAUGUAAUGUAUGGUUAUGUUGUAAUGUAACAGCUGUACACACAUUUCUAUCAAUAAAAUAUAAGAUACACAACA